AUCAAAUCGCCCUGCCAGACUUCUUCUUUGGUGCGAUGGAGAACUGGGGUUUAGUGACGUACAGAGAAAGCAACCUCCUCUAUGACCCUGUGACAUCCUCCAACAGAAACAAAGAGACAACUGCCACCAUCAUUGCUCAUGAACUAGCACACAUGUGGUUUGGUAACCUGGUGACUCUGCGCUGGUGGAACGAGGUGUGGCUGAACGAGGGCUUUGCUUCCUACGUGUCGUACCUGGGAGCGGACCAUGCUGAGCCGGCAUGGAACGUGAAAGACUUGAUCGUCCUGGAUGACGUCCACAGGGUGUUUGCAGUGGACGCCCUGACUUCCUCUCAUCCUCUGUCCUCUAAAGAAGACAGUGUUAUCCUGCCGGGCCAGAUCUCUGAGCAGUUUGAUACCAUCUCAUACAGCAAGGGUGCAGCAGUGUUGAGGAUGUUGUCUGAUUUCCUCUCAGAGCCGGUCUUUGUCCAGGGACUCAGUACAUACCUCAAACAAUUUUCCUACAGUAACACAGUGGGGAGUGACCUGUGGCACCACCUACAAUUG